AUGCGCAACAUUCCCUGCGACACAGCCCACUUCUCCGUCUUCACCCCGCCGAGGUCCAUGAGGCGCAGCGACGAAGAGACUCAGCGCGGCUUUCGAGUCUGUUAUCGGCCUGCCCUCGUCAACGUGAGCAGUCCCAACAAGUGCAAAUAUGAUGCGGAACGGGCGCGCGGGCGCGCGCAAGAGACCGCUGGAUUCGACACUGAGGUCAAUGCCAACUAG